AUGGGCAACUCGAGCGACAACCUGCAGCGCAGUUGUCAGCAACCGCCAGAUGACCCUGCGGGCGACCAGCUAUUUCACCUAGACACUUUCUUCCCCACAUUAAUAGAAGCCCACGCCCGGCUGCAGCCGUCACGCGUCUGUCUUGUCGCCAGUUCGGGACAUUACGACUUCGCCAGCCUCUGGAGCUCGGUGCUGCUGAACACCAGGCUGCUGGUCCAACAAGGCCUCACCCCAGGAUCCCGAGUCGCCGUCGUGGCGGAGUCCUCGCCGGCCGCGAUCGUGGCUCUCCUCGCCGUCCUCCAAGUCGGAGCCGUCGCGGUGCCCCUAAACUCCUCCCUUCCCGACUCUCAUAUCCAGACCAUCGUCCGCAGCGGCAGGCUAACCCAUUUGAUCGCCUUGACCACCCGCUCUCAGCAGCUCGACCUGCCGGAGGUGGAUGGCCUCACUUUGGAUCUGACCUGGCGAGUGCUAGAACCCCAAGCGGAGCGUGAUCAGUUUCCCGACGUAGAUCCUCAGGCACCCGCCAUCGUCAUCUGCACCUCGGGCAGUACGGGAGAGCCGAAAGGCGUGGUCCACAGCCAUGCAAGCCUCAGUACCAUGGCCGUGGCGGUCGGCAAAGCCUUGGACUUGACAUCCGAUGUGCGCAACUUUCUCUUCCCUUCGUUUGGCUGGGCCGUUAACAUUAUUGACUCCUUUUCCACGCUGGCGGCCGGCGGCUGUUUGUGCAUCCCUACCGAGGCCGAGAAGUCCCACAGUCUGGAGGAUGCCAUAUCUCGUUUCAACGCCACCCGAACCACGCUGCCCUCCUCUGUGCUUCGAAUUAUGAGCCCCAGCACCGUCCCCUCCCUCACCCGCAUUGUCGUGGCCGGGGAGCCCAUGCGGUCCCAUGUGGCCUUGGCGUGGGCGCCACACGUGGAGCUCUACUGGAACUACGGCUCCUCAGAGACGAUGAUGGUCCUCGCAGGCAAGACGGCCGAGCAGGAGCCCGCAGCCUUGAACGCCGGUCAUCCUCUUGCUUGCUGUCGGUGCUCGAUCGUAGACGACGCGGGCAUGGGAGUCCCCCCAGGCAAGACGGGUCAGCUCAUGGUCGAAAGCCACACCAACUUCAUCGGCUACUUGCGCGAUGGCAAGAUCUGUCGUCCAGAAAGAGAACAGAACAGCCAUCCCGUUGUUGUUGGCUCGGGGGAUCUGUUCGCACAACCUGCCCCGAAUGCCGCCCUGGUGCACCACGGGCGCAUCGACUCCCAACUGAACCUUGCCGGCCAGCGGUUCGAGCCGCAGGAGGUGGAGGAGAAGCUGUUCUUGGCACUGGCCGACGUUAAGGAGCUGGCCGUCACCGUGGCCACGUUAAAAGGCAACGCGCGAGGUCCGGCGCUCGUGGUGGUCGUGGCCUUCGAACGAAAAAGCACCGGCGAGCAUUCGUCCGAGGCGCGGCUUAAAUGCUCAUUCGAGUUGCUGGUCCAAGCUCUCCCACGCUACAUGAUCCCUAUCGGCGCCUUGGAGGUCGACAAGCUCCCUCGGCUGCAUAAUGGCAAGCUUGAUCGCAAGGGCAUCAUCCAGCUCGCCGAGCAGCACCCAGUGACCGACCUGAUGGACUUACGACCCUCCCGCAAGGAGUCGCCGCGAGAUCAUGACAUCGCCCUGGCCAUUCAGGUCGCCAUCGUUUGGGCUAAGGUUUUAGGCUCAGACGUUGCAGACAUCAAGCCAUCUUCCAGCUUCUUUCUUCUUGGGGGGAACUCCCUCUACGCCAUGAGAGCCUGCAAGGAGCUGCGGCGGAUUGGCGUCUUACUGUCCAUGUCCGACUUCUUUCUGCAUCCUACCUUGGGCGAGAUGGUGCGCCGCAUCAUGGAGCAAGAUAAAACCCGACCUGCUGAACCUUCCAACCCUCUGCGGAGCACUUGGGCGGAACUUCCGGGGAAUUGCCCCGAGGGUCUCUUUUCGACGGCAGCCAGAGAAUGCGCCGUCGAUGAGAGCCUUAUUGAAGAUGUCUACCCUUGUACAGCCAUGCAGACUGCGCUGAUGACCCUGAGUGAGAUGCAAGAGGGAACAUACGUGGCGGGGCAUACCUUCCACUUGCCUCCCUCCUGGACCAGGCCGGCUUUCCGUGAGACGUGGCUCCGAGUUGUCACCGCCACUCCCAUACUGCGCACCCGCAUCAUCCGACACCACAACGGAGGGUUGUAUAAUGUCACCCUGCGGGUGGACGCCAGUACGCCUCUGCUGGAGGAGUCGUGGCCGGCGUCGGCUCCCUUGGGCUGUGGAUCACCAUUGUUCGUCCACUUUCUGGACACAGAUCCCGGGAAUGAGCGCUUGAUAUGGCGAUGGCGAGUCCAUCAUGCAGUCUACGAUCGGUGGUCCACCCAUCUGAUUCUGGACCUGACUCGCAAAGUGUACGAUCAGGAGAGUCCGGCCCCUUCGACCCCGUUCUCACGCUUUGCCGCCGCCGCGGUGCAACAAGAGGUAUCCGAGGCGGCGAAAAGCUUCUGGCAUUCAAAAUUUGAAUCGUUCGAUGGCACUAUCUUUCCCCAACUUCCGCUUGACCAUCCGGUAUGUCGCGCUUCCCGUUCCAUCACAUUUGACGUCCCCAUCCCGAGACGACGAUCCGCCAUCACGCAAGCAACCACGAUCCAGGGCGCUCUGGCCCUGCUUAUCUCCAAGCUCCAUGGCGAGUCGGAUGUGGUUUUUGGAAUGACUGUCCAUGGAAGAGCCCUGGCGAAUUGCCCGGACGCCGAAACGGUCGUGGGUCUCGCGAUCGCAACUGUGCCGAUGCGGAUCCGGCUCGAGGGCUCCACCCCAGUGUCCCAGUUUCUCGUCGAGUUGCAGACCCAGACGGCGCUGAUGUCGGACUAUGAGCACUACGGCUUACAGAAUAUCAAGUCCCUUGGACCUGGUGCGGCGGCAGCUGCCUCCUUCACUACGCUCUUAGUCAUCCAGCCGGAGUUGGACAUACAUGCAAAUGGCAAUCCGAAGAAGAUUCUUGAGAUUGAUACCGGGGCCUCUGAUUUCUAUGUGGAUUAUCCGCUCGUCAUCGAAUGCUUUCCACAAACCCGAGGCGUGACGGUCAAGAUGCUGUAUGACCCGGUGGUCUUCUCCUCGUGGGACCUGCAGAUGAUGGCUCAGCUAUUCGAGCAAUCGCUGCACGCCAUGCAAUCAGGCGAAGAUUCCGCGGAGGUGCUGAAAGACCUGAGUCUUCUGGGUGCCGCGAGCGUUCCCGCGGUCCUCGAGAUGAGCGGCGGACAGCUGAUCGAUCGUCGAGAAUGUCUCCAAGAGCGCAUUUUUGCCAAGGCGUACGCGUGGGCAGAUGAGAAUGCUCUCCACGGAUGGGACGCCGAAUACACCUAUGCCGAGCUGAGAGGCCUUGUCCAGAAGCUGGCCACGAGUUUGGCGCCGCUUCUGCCCUCGACUCCCGGACAGAUUGUCCCUAUUUGCUAUCCCAAAUCCGCAGCGGCUGUGGUCGCCAUGUUGGCCACCCUGGCGGCGGGCCACGCCUUCCUGCUCCUGGACCCCAGUCUGCCUGCGCAGAGGAUCCAGUAUAUGAUCCAGGCGGUUAAGGCGGAUCGCGUCCUCUGCGCGUCGGCGACCCGACGAUAUGUCGAAGGCAUGGCGACUCGACUGAUCAACUUCCAGGAUCUCUGGGAGCAUCCUUCCGUCUCGCCGGACUUGGGGUCCUUCAACCUUCAGCCGUCACCAGACACACCGGCCUACUGCAUCUUCACGUCCGGCUCGACCGGCACGCCGAAAGGUGUGCUUUUUCUGCACAGACAAGUCACCAGUGGUCUCGAAGCACAGGUUGCUGCCGGACUCUAUGGUCGCCAGGCUCGCCUGCUUCAAUUCUCCAGCUACAGCUUCGACACAUGUAUUGCCGACAUCUUCGCCACACUCCUCAGCGGAGGGUGCAUCUGCGUGCCCCAAGACGAAGACCGACUGCUGCGCAUCUCUGAGAAUAUCAACGAGUUCUCCGCGACCGCCAUCGACCUGACGCCUUCCGUCGCCCGGAUGAUUCAACCGGACGAGGUGCCCCAGUUAAAGGUUCUCCGUCUCGGAGGGGAGGCCAUGCAUCAGUGGCACAUUCAAACCUGGGCGGAUCGCUGCAACCUCCAGAACACCUAUGGCCCCACCGAAUGCUGCGUGCAGUGCACCUUUGUCGAUCGGGUGCCACGAACCAUGUCCCCGUCGAUCAUCGGGAAGGGGAUCGGCUGCAAUACUUGGGUGGUUGACCCGCAGAAUCUCAAGUACCUCAUGCCGCUGGGCGCGGUGGGGGAACUGGCGAUUCAGGGUCCCUCCGUGGCCAGUGGCUAUGUCAACAACACGGCCAAGUCAAAGGCGUCCUUCCUCUCCCGCGCCCCAUGGCUCGAUACCUACAGCGUCGACUGCCACUACCCGGUCUAUCUGACCGGAGAUCUGGUCAAGUUCAACAAACAGGGCGACUCGAUCUUUCUCGGCCGCAAGGACAAUCAGAUCAAGAUCCGCGGCCAGCGUGUGGAACCGGAAGAGAUUGAGCAUCUCCUGCAGCAGGAUGAAUCCACGGACAAGGCACUGGUAUGCUACCCCACCACGGGUGUGCUCGCCCUGCAGCUCGUUGCCAUUGUCGAACCAGCCCCGCCCAACGCCGCCCCCGGCCAAACGGUUGCCUGGAUGGAACGCAUCGCCCAAAAGGCCGCGGGAUCCCUGCCCCGGCACAUGGUUCCCGGGGUGUUCCUGUUGGCGGAUCGGACGUUGCUGACGUCGUCCGGCAAACUGGAUCGGCGCAGUAUACAGGUCUGGCUCGAACGGCUUUCGGCCGACGAGUUCGAGGCUUUGCUUGCGCACCAGAGAGCAUCCGGUGGGCCAGGCGCCUCCACCGUGGCAUCCGCGGCGGACCUGCCCGAGUCGCUGACAGCGCCGAUUGUUAGACAGAUCCGAUCCCUUCUCUCGUGGCGAUCCCCCAACAGCCGCCUGUCCGGCAGCUUUUCCACCCGACAUUCGUUCUCGCGCAUCGGUCUGGAUUCCAUCACCAUCGUCCCGCUGUUGAAAUGGAUCAACGCAAACUACCGCGUGCGGAUGGACAUGACGACACUGCUUCGACUCGAAACCGUGCACGGGCUCAUCUGUUAUUUGCAGAGCCGGGAUGGCGGGCAGACGGCCAAGAACAGCAGCGACGGGAAGGACCAAGAAACCUUCGAAGCCAUUAUCCGCCAAGGGGUGGAUCAACUCUGUCGUGAGCCGGGGACGUCCAACGGGCAGACGACCCAUCAUCUCCAGCUGAUGGAGAAGUCCCACCUCGCCGGGUCCAGUAUCCUGACCCGACUCAGCCGGAUGGCCGUCGUCCGGCGGUGCCUCAACGCAGCACCAGCACCAGGUCAACGACGGCUUGGCCGCCAGCUCAGCUUUCUGAGCUCGUGGUGCAAGACGCCUGGCCCCCACCGGAUUCUCCUAACGGGCGGUACCAGUCUCGUCGGGCUGAAUAUCCUGACGCGCCUCCUCCAGCGGUUCCCGAGCACGCGCGUCGUGGUUCUCAUCCGCUGCCACACUGCGGCCGCGGGCAAAGAACGUCUGAUUCAGCGCGCGAGACUCCUGCGCUCCUGGCGCCGCGGCUUUGCUUCCCGCAUCGAGAUCUGGCCGGGCGAUCUCAGCGCGGUGCGUCUGGGCCUGUCGCCAGCGCAGUGGUCGUCGCAGCUUGGUGGACGUGGGGGCGACCAGGCCGACCAUGUCGACGCCGUCAUCCACAACGGCGCCGCCGUCGACUGGUUCGAAGGGUUCCAAACCCUGCAGAAGACUAACAUCGAUGCCGCGCUACAACUGGUCGAAUGGGUGCGCGACUCGCCCGCAGUCACCCGUCUCGUGUACGUCUCUGGCGGCCCACAGUGGGACCCCAACGAGCCCGACACCGCGGCGCUGGAGACGGGAUCGAGCGGAGGCGCCGGAGAAAAAGGUGACCAGUCGCACCUCCAAGACAGCCUGGCCCAGUCGAACGCCUACGGGCAAACGAAGAUCAUCACCGGCGCGGUGCUCCAGCGUGCCGCCGCCCGCAGCCCCCGCCUGGCGGCCAAGGUCGCGGUCCUGCGCCCCGCGUUGAUCGUGGGCGCCGCCGCGGACGGCGUCCCCAACAUCGACGAUUUCAUCUGGCGGGUGGUUCGGGGCUGCUACGCCAUUUGCGCCUUUCCACAGGAGUCCCCCACCGAGUGGGUGUACCUCUGCGGCGCGGACAUCUUCGCCGACCAAGUCAUCGCCAGGCUUACCGCAGCGCCGCGCGUCGUCGAAACCAAGGUUGACUGUGGCCUGUCGGUGGACCGCUUCUGGGCCAUUGUCAAUCAGCAGCUCAAGGGGCAGCUUGAGCGGGUGGACGCCAACACCUGGUUGCAGCGGCUGAAGAAGAGCAUCUCGGCGCAGGCGGAUCAGUGUCGCGGCACGGAAGCCCAUCCGUGUCAACCGAUCUUGCACAUGCUCGAGUCCUCUCCCAGUCUAUUGGGCGCGCCGCCUCCCCGGGCAUGCGCGGAUCCGAAGCAGCGUCGUCGGUUGGAGGAAGAAGGCGCACGGGGGGUCGAGAUGAAUCUCCGGUACAUGGUGAAGAUCGGGUGUUUUUCAGAGCCAGAGGAGGCGUGGUCAGCGAAGGUUUUCCACCGCAGCAAGACGCGGUAG